ACUGCUUUUGCGUCUUUGAAAGUGCCUUCUGGGUCGUAAGCCUUCAUGCCUGCCUCCGGUUAGGCCCAAACGACUUCCAGUCAUGGAUUUUUGUGAUAAGAUGACACCCAUACAAGCAGAUACCGAAGUAUCGAAGACAAGGACGGAGUUUAGAAAGCGACCUUCUGAAUGCGUAAAGAAGUCCUCUAGAGCUGUUGGACACCGAGAAGAAUCGUAUAGUGAAAGCUGGGGUUUUCGCGCCACAGACUGCGCUUGCAACUCUAUCUGCGGAUUUGAACGAGCUGCUGCUGCAAGAGAUCAAUGUGGCAACGCAGCCCACAGCAGCAACCAACGAUUAGUUUUCUCAUCGGCUUUGGCCACAAGCCUGACAACUAAAUCUCCCAAAAGUCGGCAUCUGGAGUGUGACAUCUUGCAGAGUCAACGAACACCGGGCGCUGCUUCCAUUGCAGAGCAUUGCAGUCUGACAGCUCGGCGAACGACGGCGGUAACGGCCCGAUCACAGUGCACACCUUCGCUCCGGUGCUCCACGAACAACCAGUUGGCAUCGUUCAACCAUCCCGGACGAAAACGCAUGCAUGCAGAUUUUUUGAAGAUGGAUCUCGGUAACAUCUGGCACAUUUUCAUGCCACUUCGUACACCUACUACUUUGCAGAUGAGUUUAGAAGGAAUACGAUCCUCACGUCGCGGCCGCUGCCUUAGAAAUAGCCACAAAGUUAAGCCUCCCAGGAGUCAUUCAAGUCGGCUGACUUGUGACGGUCAGCGUGAUCCCAGUCGUUAACGCGAGUCUGUAUCAAGUCAUCUGCAUCCAUGCAUAAUGACUGUC